AUGGCUUCAUGGAGUAACAUGAAAUCUCGAAUUACAGCUUCCGUGCGCACCACAAGUCGCAUGAACGCUUUACUUUCUGAAUCCAUGUUGGGAAAACGCAAGGCCCUAAUGAAAACACCAACACUUGAAGAUGAAAACGAAACUGAGACUGAAAAUGAGAAACCCAAAAACGAUUGGAAUUUCUUUCGCACCAACUUUAGUAUGGAACAGGUUCACAAACUCAUAGAGGCGACCAUUGAAGAACGUUUGACCUGGGAUCGAUUCAGCCGUUCGUAUGAUUCGUGGCGUUCUUUGCAAUUGGCGGAGAAUUUAGCGUCUGAUAUACGAGACGGUGUGCGGAGAUUUAAUCACAAGCGUCAUCGCAUUGUAUGCAUUUUGUCUGUCAUUGAAAAACAAAAUCAAGGAAUAACGAUGCGCAUGCGCCAUUUGAUGGAUGAGAAAAUGGAUAAUUUUACAAGUGUCGUUUAUGAGCGUCCAACAUAUUUUAUUGUUGUUACUGUUUAUUUAGUAUAUAAGGAUUAAAUUUCAUAUUCAACUAAAAUACA